CUCCGCGCCGCUGUCACCCGCUCGCAGUCCCGGGUCUGGGAAGACGCCCUCGCGCGCGUUUCCCAGGCCCCUAACGCUAUCCGUUGGGGCCCCCACCCCGACCGCUCCACCACCGCCGCGCUCUUCGUCGACUUCGACGACGACGCGCACUUCAAGACGCUCCGGGCCGUCCACGGGACGCGCCUUCUUUUCAACAACGGGCCGCGUGAGUGCACCCCCACCCGCCUCGCCCCCCUUCGCACCCAAUGCUCGAACUGCCAACGGUUCGGGCAUGUGGCGCCCCGCUGCCGCGCACCACCGACGUGCGGCAUGUGUGCGGGCUCCCACGACACCCGCCUCCACGCGCUCCGCGUGCCUGGCCCUUUGCAACGCGAGUUGAAGUGCGCGAACUGC